GACACUGGGGCUCCAGACCCAGGCAGCUCAAUAGCCACACGCUGGACACCUGAGACGCUGCCUGAGUCCUGCAGACCAAGAAGUUGCUGGGAUGGGUGUCCCCACAGCAUCUCCACCCUCCUGCCCCACCAAGAUCCCACAGAAGCAGUGGCUGGAAGCACUGGGUGCCCUCCACUAUGUGCUGGGUUUCACGAUCCUAGGCCCUUUCUCCAGUGCUCUCCUCUUAUUCCUCCUCUUCACACGGUUCUGGUCUCUCACUGUUCUCUACCUGAUGUGGCUCUACCUGGACCGGGACACCCCCAGCCAAGGGGGAAGGAUAAGCAACUGGGUGCGGAAUUGGAGAAUUUGGAAAGAGCAAAGAGAUUAUUUCCCCAUCAAGCUGGUGAAGACGGCAGAGCUGCCCCCCAACCAGAACUACGUGCUAGGAGCCCAUCCCCACGGAAUCACAAGCACCGCUCCCUUCUGUAAUUUUAUCACUGAGUGCAACAAUUUCUCCCAGCACUUUCCGGGACUGCAGAGAUGGUUAGCUACAUUAGCUGGCAUCUUUUAUAUCCCUUUGUUCCGAGAUUACAUCCAGGCCACUGGACUGCGUCCCGCAAGCCGUCACAGCUUGGACUUCGUCCUGUCUCAGCUCCAGCGGGGCCAGGUGGUGGUCAUUGUCAUUGGAGGUGUUCAAGAGGCUCUGUACACGGAACCAGGACAGCACUGCCUGGAACUCCUGAAUCGCAAAGGCUUUGUACGCCUGGCGUUAAGACAUGGGGCCUCCCUGGUGCCUGUGUACUCAUUUGGGGAGAAUGAUUCCUUUAAAUGUAAGGCUUUUCCCAAAGGCUCCUGGCCAUACCUGUGGCAGGUCACCUACAAGAAGAUCACAGGCUUGCCCUUUUGCUUCUGCUGGGGCCGAAGUAUCUUUUCACCCAACGCCUUGGGUUUUCUGCCCUUUCCCAUGCCCAUCACCACUGUGGUGGGCGCCCCCAUCCCUGUGCCCCAGCUAGGCGCACCCACUGAAGAACAAGUUAACCACUAUCACAGACUGUACAUGGAGGCCCUGGAGCGACUGUUUGAGGAGCACAAGGAAAGCUGUGGUGUCCCUGCCUCCACCCACCUCACCUUCCGCUAGGCCUGGCUUCACCUUCCUCUGAGUCCUGAGCCUCCCAGUUCCUGCUCUGACCCAAUAAAGCCUGGUUUUGGAAGUGAA